UGCUCCACAGCUUUAUUGCAAUAACUGCCCUCCGGUUUGACAGUCGGUGAUGAAGCCGUCUGCAGGCGACAGACCGCGGACCCAGAAAUGAUUCUCUGCACCUAAGAAAAGGCAGAACACGGUGAUGUCCAGGCUGCCGUUAGUUACCAACCCGUAAGAAACAGGCAGAAACUGCAAACGGAGUCUAAAAGCGUCUUUAUCCGCCGUUCACAUCCCGAAACUCCACCAGAAGCCGCGCACAGACACUCCUGGUGUGUGUGAUCGGGGGGCUAUGGUGAGGCGAUGCGCACGGGCUGGCGCGAGGAGAGACGCGGCGGCGGCGGCGGCGGCGGAGGCGCAGCCUGGGCUCUUUCUUCAUGGCUCUGCGUGCCCCUCCUGUUCUCCGCUCUGUGGCGCCCGGCGAGCCCCCAGUGCCCCGACGGCUGCCACUGCGCCUCCGACACGGCCACGGUGCUGUGCUCCGACGCCGGGCUGCGAGAGGUCCCAGACGGCAUCCCCCCGGAAACCGUCUCCCUCCACCUGGAGCGCAACCACAUCCGGACCAUACCCGAGGGCGCCUUCCUCAACCUGGCUCACCUGCGGGACCUGUAUCUGUCCCACAACCGCAUCGACUCGCUCUCCUCCGGGGCCCUGCGGCACCUGGGCCCCGAGGUGCGCCUGCUGGACCUCUCGCACAACCAGCUGAGGCACGCGAGCCGGGAGGAGUUCGGCUCCACCCGGGCCAAAACCCGGCUCUACCACAACCCCUGGCACUGCGACUGCGCCCUCCAGGAGCUGAUGGAGACCCUGAACCUGGAGCCCGAGACUGUGAACGGGAUCGUGUGCGAGAGCUCGGUGCGGGGUGUGGGCGAGGGGAGCCGCUGGGAGGAUCCGGGGUCACAGGGCGAGCACGCGGGUCAGCCGCUGGUCAGGCUCCUGGACUCCGGGGUGAACUUCUGCAGCUUGCAGAGGAAGACCACCGACGUGGCCAUGCUGGUGACCAUGUUUGUGUGGUUCUUCAUGGUCAUCGUGUAUGUAGUGUACUACGUGAGACAGAACCAAGCAGAAGCCCGCCGGCAUCUGGAGUACCUGAAGAGCCUGCCCAGCCCACGCAAGACCCCCACGGAGACAGACACUCUGAGCACCGGCUUCUGAGGCCUGGCUGUAGCUUACAGCUGGAAUUGUCGCAUCAUUUUCAUGGAGAUAAACCUCAAUGUUUAACUUUAAGAAAGUGACUGAAAAUACGGACGCUUUUCCACUUGUUUUGUAUAAGUUAUUUGUUGCUCGCUAAGGGACUCAUAAUUUUCCUAUCUUUUUCCCACUGAAUUUCUCAACUUAGCGAAAAGCAAGAACAUUUUUUACUAAUUUUAUCCCGAGUGUGAAUUGAGAGGCAGGAGAAGAAACUGAAGGCGUAGCAGGGGAAAGAUGAAAGGAUGAACUGAGAAUCUGUGAAAAAAAGGACUCUCUUUGAACUUUAUUACCUUCAAUCCCAAUUUGUAGUCCCCUUUUCUAUUUCUUUUCUAACCCCACCUGCCUCAUACUGUACUCUUUUAUCUUUUAUUAAGCUCUAAUUGGGACUCUUUGACCAGCUGACCCUUAAUGAACACUUACUGUAGCCCCAAUCAGCUGGAGUGUGUUUAUCAGGUCAAAAGCAAGUGUGUGUCCUCGUCUAAUUGUGAUUCCUGCGUACGUGUGUGUGUGUGUGUAUGUGUGUGUUGUUGUGUGCAUUGUUAGAGCCAGCUUUACUUAGAUAACAUUGAUUUUGCAUGGAUGCUAUUUAAGCAUUUCCCAUUACAUGGCUAUUAAGACAGUUGUUUUGGUGCCAGCGGAGAACUGCUGAUCUAAAUUUACUCCCGUGAACCCAUUAGCGCUGAAGGUGAGCCGUCUUGUCUCCAAGCUGCAGUCACCCGCUCUGAAAUAUUUGGACAGGAUACAUAAAGCUGUCGCUGACUGGAGAAAUUUCAACCAGAUUUAGAAAUGGAUUGAUGUUCUAAAUGAGAUUAGUAAAGCCAUUUAUCCUGAGAAAAGCUGUUAGCUUAGCUUUAAUUAAUCUUCUCAGUCCUGUGUUUCUAGUUCCCUCUGCACUGAUGGCUGUGUACAAAUUGUUCCGUCUGUUAUUUUAGUUAUAGGCUGUAUCAUAAUUGAUUUUUUUAUCCAACUAUAGAAGGCAAAACAUAAAUGAAUUAUUUACCCUGGUGGUACAUUUACAGCUUCUGAUGUUAGGAGCUGUGCUGUUUAAUAUAUGUUCACUGCCUGGAAAAGCAUCAACCUUUUUGACUUUAGUUAGUUUUUUAAUUUUUUUAUUGUUAUAUAUUUUUAAUGAUUGUACUCAGUACAAAAACAUAUUUUCCCUUUUGUGUGUUGUUUCACAAUGGUUUAAAAUUGGCCUGUAAAAUAACGACAUACAGUAUAAUGUUUUUUUCCCAUAAGCCACAGCUGCAACUUUUGUCUAAUUAGCAAACAUUAGUGGGCUAAUAUGCUAAACUAAUUGUUAGCAUAUUAGCAUGCUACUACUAACAUUGAGUUCAAAGCCCUUAGUUCAUUAGCAUGACCAUAGGUGCAUGUGUCUUUGUGAUAGAUUCAAACUCGUAAGUAUUGAUGGAUAUAAUAACCUGUACAGUAGCAUUAUGCUAUUUUAGCUAAAGUUUAGGUUGCUGAAAAUGGAGUUAAGUUUAAAAUAGGUCGACUUUUUGUGUACUAUGUGCUAAAUGUGUGGUACGAUAUGUUCUACAAAGGCUAGUUCUAUACUGUGAGCGGCCUUUGAGUAGGACUUUGUUGUAAAAAUACAUGUUUUGGGUGUAGACCACAGGUUAAAAUAAACGGUAGUAGCAACUUGUGAGUUUAAAAACACAGCUGUUUGUGAGCACACUUGCAUAGAACUGUUAGAAUAGUUCCUGGAUGUUAUCCACCAUCACUUCUGUCUUGUGCGUCUUAAAUACCCUUAACCCCACUGGCUCAUGAAGCAACAAUAACACAGUACAGUAAUGCGAAACAAACAAAAAAAAAACAAGAAUGUCCUUUCUGUUAACUUUUUCUGUGGAUAUUUUCUUUAUUGAUGUAUUUCUGUCCUUGUGAUUUGUUUUCUCUCCUGUUCGUAAACCAAUAAUUCUUCAAACAAGGAUAGGUCAUAGAUUGGAAAUCAUUACAUUAAAUAAUAAAAGAACUAUCAAAAUCAAAGAGUGAUCAGGAAAAACACAACAUAUAUAUAAAAAGUAAUGCAAUGUUCAUAGAAAUGCUUCUGGCGUUUAUUGCUACUAUAGGUUGAAAACAUCAAGAAGAUGAAGAGAAGCAAUAGAAGCAAUGGAAAACAUGAUCAGUUCACAGAAUCAACUGAUUGCGCUCAAAUGUGUUCUCUAUCUCUAAGCUACCACAAGCUUAAAACAAAAAGAAAUGAUUAAGAAACUAUUUUACAAAUAUGGAAAAUUUGACAGUCUUUCCCCACCUCCUUUUUAACUUUGAGUUUUUCAAUCUCCAUCAAACAAAAUCAAAAUGGCCCCAUAUUCAUUCAUGCAUUCACUGCCUUUUCUUGAAUUCCUAGCUGUUUCUCCCCCUGGAAAUAUAUCUGGACUUCCCCGAAAAAACAUACAGUGGAAGCAGGGCACAGCAAAUUGUUUAGGUGUGACUUUUUCCCAGCGGAAAAGUCGCAACCAUUGCCCCAGAUACUUCACAAAGGGAGAACAAACCAGGAUAUAAAUAAAAAGCGACUUCAGCCUGUUA